GAGAGAGAGAGAGAGAGAGAGAGAGAGAGAGAGAGAGAGAGGGAGAGAUGAAGGCAUUAGGAUCUGCUGGUUGGAAGGGCCCUGUUAAAUUCAGAAUGCCCACUGCUGAAAAUCUGGUUCCGAUUCGUCUGGACAUCGAAAUCGAGGGUCAGCGCUACAAAGACGCUUUCACUUGGAACCCUUCAGACCCGGAUUCUGAGGUUGUAACCUUCGCCAAAAGGACUGUUAAAGACUUGAAACUCCCUCCUGCUUUUGUCACUCACAUUGCUCAAUCCAUUCAGUCUCAGCUCUCUGACUUCCGAUCCUAUGAAGGACAAGACAUGAACACAGGCGAAAAGAUCGUCCCUAUUAAGCUUGACCUUCGAGUGAACCAUACCCUCAUCAAGGAUCAGUUUUUAUGGGACCUAAACAACUUUGAGAGCGAUCCCGAGGAAUUCGCGAGAACCUUGUGCAAGGAUUUAGGUAUUGAAGAUCCUGAAGUUGGGCCUGCAAUUGCCUUUGCAAUCAGGGAACAACUCUACGAGAUUGCAAUACAAAGUGUGGCUUCAGCUAAGGAGAGCAGAUUAAGUAAAAAGGGCCGGCGAGGUUCUGAGCAUGGUUCGGCAAGCAAAGCAAGUGGUUUGUCGAUGGACUUGAUGAAGUUGUUUAGCUUCAAAUCUAGCGUUGUACGGAAAAGGAAGGACUGGGAAGUUUAUGAGCCAGUGGUGGAUUUGCUCACAAAUGAGGAAGUUGAUGCGCUUGAAGCUAGAGAAGAGAGGCAUGCUAGGUGAUAGUCUUUGUGUUAUACAUAUAUAUAUAUAUAUAUAUAUAUAUAGUCUUUAGAGCAGGAUUCUGAGGUUUUCAUAGAACUCAAGUAUGUUGUGUAAUGCUUUAGAUGGAGCAUAUGUUACUGUUGUAGGCUCUUUUAAUUAGAAUGACGAUUGCUGUCUUUUAGUUGUUUUUCAACCAA